AUGAGCGAGCCCCGCCUCUUCCGAGGAGGACCAGAUAGCCCCGGAGACGAUAUUCAGGAGGCAAACAUAAAAUACCUGUCAGGAUGGGACCAGUGGAAACAGGCAAAUAGGAAAUCGUGGAGAAAAUGUGUGGAAGACACCAAAGAAUUGUUGUCUUACCUCGAACUCUGGAGACACGACAUUCGCAGCAUUGAGGGGAAAUUCGGCACUGGAAUCCAGUCUUAUUUCUCUUUUCUGCGGUUCCUGGUGCUGCUCAACUUUGUCAUCUUCCUCCUGAUGUUCAGCUUUGUCACGAUUCCCAGCACUGUUUCUAAACAUGGUGUCUUCAACGGUAGCUACGUUAAGCCUUCUCUGAAGAGCACAGAGCCAGAAUGCACAGUUUAUAUAGUUAGUGGAACCAAAGGAUUGAUUUAUUUCUACACUUAUAUUAUAGAUCUUCUUUCUGGCACAGGUUUCCUCGAAAUGACGAGUCUCUUCUAUGGCUAUUACACAGUAGAUACUGUAUAUUUUGGCAUUGUAAGGUACAGCGUGCCGCUUGCGUAUUUGCUGACCACGCUGGCUUACCUUUCACUGAGCCUUCUCUGGAUUGUUAAAAGAUCUGUCGAAGGCUUUAAGCAAAGCCUGGUCCGUAAUGAAGAUCAAUUUCAGAGCUAUUGCAACAAAAUAUUUGCUGGCUGGGACUUCUGUAUCACAGAUGUAAAUGCUGCACAGCUGAAGCACAGCAGCUUGCACUAUGAACUUAAAACGGACUUGGAGGAAGAAAGGCUAAGGCAGAGAGCGGCGGAGAGAACCACCCAAGAGAAAAUCCGUAUCUAUUGUCUGAGGAUAUUCUUAAAUCUCGUCGUUCUUACUGUGUUGUCAGCCUGCUUUUAUUCUAUCUAUCGAGCGACUGUCUACUCACAAGAAAAUAUUUCCUAUGACAAGAAAGUCAAAUUGGAGGACAAUCUGUGGGUACAGUACUUGCCUUCCGUAGUAAUCACAAUGACCAACUUCAUUGCCCCGGUGAUCUUUUCCCUUCUCAUCAAGCUUGAAGACUAUUCUCCAGCAUUUGAAAUCCGGCUAACACUCAUGAGGUGUGUCUUUGUGCGGCUGGCCAACAUCGGUGUUCUCUUGUUCUCACUGUGGAUUCGGAUCACUUCCUGUGCUGACCAAAAGUGCGAAACCUGUGGCUACAACUACAAGCUCUACCCCUGCUGGGAGUCUCAGGUUGGGCAGGAGAUGUAUAAACUGAUGAUCUUUGACUUCAUAAUCAUUUUUGCAGUUACAGUCUUUGUGGACUUCCCUCGAAAGCUGAUGGUUACCCACUGCUCUCUGAAGGCCUGCCGGUGGUGCGGGCUGCAGGAGUUUGACAUCCCUGACAACGUCUUGGAAAUUGUUUACGGGCAGACCAUCUGCUGGAUCGGAGCCUUUUAUUGUCCGCUGCUCCCUGCCAUUGCAACGAUAAAAUAUUUCAUCAUCUUUUAUGUCAAAAAGAUAAGUCUGAUGCAUACAUGCAAGCCUUCCGCACGGCCUUUCAGAGCGUCGAGCUCCAACUUUUUCUUCCUGGUGGUGCUCUUGAUCGGCUUAGUCUUGGCUUUUAUUCCCUUGGGACUCAGCAUGACACACAUUCGCUCUUCAAAAGCCUGUGGGCCUUUUGUGUAUUUUACUCAUUCGUGGGACGUCAUCGCAUACACCAUCAACAGGUUCCCGGAUGUUUUGAAGAAGGUUCUGAACAGCAUGGCCUCAGAAGCAUUUGCAGUCCCUUUCUUCAUGGUCCUCUGCCUCAUUAUGUUCUAUUUCAUUGCCUUGGCUGGAGCUCACAAGCGAGUUGUUAAUCAGCUCAGGGAACAAUUAGUUAUGGAGAGCCGGGACAAACUCUUCCUCAUCAGGAAGCUGACUGAAGCCCAGAGGCUUAGCUAAGAGGCCCGCGGAUGCCUGUGAUGCCAAGUUACACGCGGAAGGACUCACGUAGCAAAACCACAACAGCGAGGGAUCUGUGGUGCCGUGACCCAGUAAUUUGGGACCUUGUCGUUGCAGACUGGGGACACACAGGCCGAACUUGUGGCAGGCAUGAGUCUUUUCCAACUUCAGCAUGUGUUCCUCUGAAAGUGUGUGUGGGGGGGUGCUUCCCACGGUUUACAUCGCCCUCAUGUUCUCAACUGGAUUGAGUUGUUGGUCGACUCAGGAAAGGAUUUGUUACAUCAGGCUUUCAGGCAUACAUGCCCUUGUUUUCUUUCUUGCGGGAUUUCCCUGUCUUCCGUUUGUACAAAAUGCAGCGCCUCUAAACCUGCAUAAACUCUCUCCUGUCGUAGGGCUGUUUAUGCUGUUGCUCCUUAACUUUCACGGGUUACAUUUAAGCCUCCGUUUUCCAGGGGCUUUUAUGAAAGGCAUGCUUCUUGAAGGGAAUUUUGCUUGCAAACGGCCUUAAGGAGCUUGGACGCUUCCCUUCCCCGCUGUGGCUGCAGCCUGGAUCCAGACUGACUCGGAGGCCACCGGACAGGCCACGAAACAGUUUGUGGUGUGCAGCCACUUCGUGGACAGCCAGCUGGGCCUGCCGGCGGGUGCAGCUUUUCCAGCUCCUGUGCCUUGCUGCUGAAGAGGCUUUGAGCACUCACAGGAAGGAACUGUGUUGUCCCUGUCUCCCAACAGUGCCUUGCAGAGUAAGCCAAAGGAGGUGUUGGGCAGCUGCCUCCCCCUCCCCAGUCCUCCUUGAGCUUUGCCAGCUGUAGACGGUACGUUUGCCCUCUGAAAAGAUGAUUGACUGGUCUACAUUUCCUUGGACUUGGGUAGCUUAAACUCGCCUAUAAUAGCUUACGUUCCCCCCCCAAAAAAAUAUACAUAAACUGAGAUUUAUUCAUAUUGCUGCCUUGGGAGAGCUGUGACAAACUCUCCCUCAUCGGAAGGCUGCCUGAAGCAGCACCGCUGAGAAGCUUUGUCGUCCAUGGAGGUCCAGGCAUAGCCCUCUGGCCUUGUAUCUGAGCCACUUCUAAGUAUGUCUUUCACUGGAUAUCUGCUUAAGCCAUACGAAAGAGGAAACCACUGCAGGCGGUCUGCUUCAGCCUCAAAGUAUGCAGAAGCUUACGUCACUGGAUUUGAAACAAAUUAUUUCGAGACAGGGAAAAGAAGUUGGAAUUGUCAGGGCCGGCUUUCCUGAACACUUUCAGUCCAUACAGACCUUCUAAAGUCCAAGUGUUACCUGUGUGUCUUCUUAUAUUGUUUGCCAUCCUCUGGAAAACUGGCUUGGCAAAAACCAGAGGCUCAAGCGAAUUGAGGGUCAAGUUCUCAGGGCUGGAUCCUGGGCUAGCGUUCGUUUUUGUGAAGUCAACGGAGUUCGUUUGGGGCCCUUCUCAGGAAGCCUCGUUGCCUUGGUCCACUUCCACUCAGUGGUGCCCUUCAUGCUUGAGGGCCUGCUUGGAACUGUUACUCUUAAAAUGCUAACUUUAGGCUAAUUUGCAUAGACUUUUUUCCAAGCACUACACCUAUUUUGCAUAACUGGAACUGUAGAGAAUAACUUGAAA